AUGGAGGAAUGCGGCCAAUUGACUCAGAACUUGUUUCUGAACAGGUCGGUUACUUACGUCGAUGACCGCGUGAUUCAGGUCUGUGGCCUGCAAAUAGGACAGGUGGGUGAUAGAAUGGGAAUAGCUGAGGCUGUCCUUACCAUGGGAGGGCUUAGUUUGGAGGAGGUAGAGGAGAAGGAAGAGGAGGUGGAGGUGGAGGUGGAGGAUGAGGAGGAGAAGGAAGAGGAGGCAGAAGUGGGUGAUGCUGAUGCUGAUGAUGAUUGUGGUGGUGAGGGAAAUGCGAGGCAGUAA